AACGCUUUACUCUCACUCUGAAGUUUUGACGAGCGCUUGAGCUGUUCCUGGAGCCAUGGCAAAGUCCAAGUCAAGAUUCUGCUGCUUCUUGUGUCUAGCGCUACUGUGCGUAAUUUCGAUCGUCGUUGUGUGUAUAGCGGUAUUUGCCAACCGAAGAUGUCCCGAAGGAGAGUUCAAACGCGCAGCGGUAGCCGCAGACUCGCAAACAUGCUCGGAGAUUGGCAGGGACAUGCUGCUACAGGGGGGCUCAGCAGCGGAUGCUGCCAUUGCAGCCCUACUUUGCACCUCUCUGGUCAACCCUCAGAGCAUGGGUCUGGGUGGGGGGGCCAUCUUCACUAUCCUGGAGAAGAGUGGCCAGGCCAAAGUCAUAAAUGCGCGAGAGACAGUUCCAAAGAUGCACAGACCCAACCUGCUGAAAGACUGCCCAGAAACUUUCAAGCCAAUAAUUGGCAGUCAAUGGAUUGGCAUCCCUGGGGAAAUUCGUGCUUAUGAGCUUGUCCACAGCCGCUAUGGGAGGCUGCCGUGGGCAAAAUUGUUCGAGCCCUCCAUCAGAUUGGCACGGGAGGGCUUCCCCUGCCCCCCUGCCUUGAGCCGCUACCUUCAACAUCACCUCUUCAAGCCAUUGGUGGAGGGGUCGCGUCUGUGUGAGGUAUUCUGCAAUGGGAACAAAACAGCAUUGAAACUUGGAGAAAUACUGAAGUACCCACAAUUGGCGGAAACCAUGGAGACCAUUGCUAAGGAAGGGGCGGAUGCCUUCUAUAAAGGCAAGAUCGCAAGAAACCUGAUCCAGGAUGUGCAAGCUGCAGGUGGUACAUUAGUGAUGGAGGAUCUGGAAUCUUUCCAAGCCAAAGUGACGGAUGCAUGGACAGUUCCCUUGGGAGACUAUAUGAUGUACAUUCCCCCACCGCCAGCAGGGGGAGCGAUUCUUGGCUUCAUCCUCAAUGUAAUGAAGGGCUUCAACCUCACACCCAGCUCCAUUGAGGAUGACAAAAAAGUCCUGACCUUUCACCGGUAUGUUGAGGCCUCCAAGUUUGCAAACGGACAGAAGCACAACAUUCGAGAUCCCAGCUUCAACCCCGGGAAAGAUGCAUCUUGGUUGAUAAAGGAUGCAUUUGCGGAUCAUAUCAGGAAGAUGAUCAGCAGUGACGCUACCCAUGAAUUGCCGUAUUACAAUGUCACGCCCUCCCCUGAUCAUUUCGGCACCACCCACGUGUCCGUGCUGGCCGAGGAUGGCACUGCAGUGUCCGUCACCAGCACCAUCAACCACAUUUUUGGCUCCACCGUAUACUCUCCCAAAACUGGGAUCAUCCUCAACAAUGAGCUGGCUGAUUUCUGUGGAAAAGCCCUCACCAUCUCUGCUGGUGAGCAGCCUCCCUCCUCCAUGGCCCCUGCAGUACUGCUCUCUCCAUCCAGGAAAAAAACCCUGGUUGUCGGAGGAUCUGGGGGCAGCUUAAUCACCACAGCAAUGGCUCUGUCUAUCAUUAACCACUUGUGGUUGGGGAAGGCUCUCAAUGAAUCCAUCGCUGCCCCUGUGGUGUUUGUGGAUUCCAAGAACACUUUGCAGUUUGAGUCCGGGUUCGACGAGUCCGUGAAGGAAAAGCUGAAACAAAUGGGACAUUCCGUGGAGAACUUGAAGUUCCCCCUUAAUGUGGUGAACAGUGUGUCGAAGGAGGGCCACUGCAUCAGCGCUGUGUCUGACAAGAGGAAGCUUGGGAAGGCUGCCGGCUACUGAGGGUGCUGGCGGCCAGUCGCCCUGUCAGCAACACCGCCGCCGUGGCACUCGUCUUGCUGGGUAUCUCAGAGGAAGACUGCUAUUGGUUAUUGGGGUACCAGCGAUGUCUUAAUGACCUCAGAGGGGGCUGGUCUGAUACCCGCUCUCAUUACAUUGACUGUGUUCCGCUGGGUUCUGUCCAAUGACCAGAACACGCAUGGGGCUGUCUUGAUCCAUGACCCUGACCGCCCCUACCUGAUGAGCCUGAUGAGCCCUCCCUGAGUACUCAUACCCACUCCUUCAUCCCACACCAUCUACAAACAAAGAGGAAGAAAUCAGAAGGCACUGUAUGGAAGUCAUGGCAUUGAGUAGAGCAAAAUUUUUAUCUGUACAUUAUUUUGAUGACUCACAAGGUCAUUGCAGUUAUUAUUA